AUCAGACGUAACGAAUCGCUGUCAGAACACCGCCCAGAAUGUGAGAGAGUAAUAACGGCGCUUGUUCAGCCGCUCUGUACGUGGUCACUGUCCACACUCAUAAACGGUAAAGUGUAUUGUGUUCGCAUUCACUGACAGCAAGCAGAGAUCUUGAAAAUGAUAAGGAAUUGUGAUGCAACGUAUUAGAUAUUUACAGAACUGCAAGAAAGCAACAGCGGCUGUCAUAGCGGAGCCCCGAGACCAGCCGUUAUUCCCAUGAAGGUGUCCGGUACAGGGAUGUGACUCCAGCCUCGUCUUCCAUGUUGUACUUUGCUGCUGCGGUUGGUUUUCUGCGAUGACUGAUUCGAAGAAAUCUCCGUUUGUCGUCACCUUGGACAUUAACCUGAUUGUUGUGGCUUUGACUCUGAUGGGGCUUCUCAGCCGGAUGUGGAAUCUCUGCCAUCCGCCAGCAGUGGUGUUUGAUGAGGUUUAUUACGGUCAGUUCAUCUCGCUGUACAUGAAGCGAAUCUUCUUCUUGGAUGACAGCGGACCUCCGUUAGGACACAUGUUGUUAGCUCUCGGAGGAUACCUUGGGGGAUUUGAUGGUAAUUUCAUGUGGAACAGGAUUGGGGCAGAAUACAGCGGUAACGUCCCCGUGUGGUCUCUGCGCCUGCUGCCCGCUCUGUCCGGAGGACUCUGCGUCCCGCUUGCCUAUCAGAUAGUGGUUGAGCUGGGGUACUCCACCCGGGCCGGAGUGUCCGCCGCCCUCCUCGUGCUCUUUGAAAACGCUCUGGUCACUCAGUCCCGUCUGAUUCUUCUGGAGUCCAUCCUCAUAUUUUUCAUUUUUCUGGCCGUCCUGUCCUACCUCAAGUUUCACAGGCAUCAGCAAACCAGUCCGUUCUCUGCCCGCUGGUGGUUGUGGUUGAUCCUGACCGGUGUCUCCUGCUCCUGUGCGGUGGGAGUUAAGUACAUUGGUCUCUUCUCGUACUUCCUGAUCCUUGCACUUGCUGGGGUGCACAGCUGGCAGCUGCUCGGUGACCGGAAACUGUCUAAUGUGUUGGUACUUUAUCACUUGGGGGCUCGCGGCCUGUCCCUCCUGCUGUUCCCCGUAUUCCUGUACCUAGGGAUGUUCUACAUUCACCUGUCAAUACUGACGCGUUCCGGACCUCACGACCACAUCAUGAGCAGCGCGUUCCAGUCCAGUCUGGAGGGCGGCUUGUCUCGGAUCACCCAGGGUCAGCCGCUGGAGGUGGCAUUCGGCUCGCAGAUCACGCUCAGGAACACGCUGGGUAAACCGGUGCCCUGCUGGCUGCACUCACAUAAGAACACCUACCCCAUCAUGUACGAGGGCGGACGCGGGAGCUCGCACCAGCAGCAGGUCACCUGCUAUCCCUACAAAGACGUCAACAACUGGUGGAUUGUGAAGGAGCCGAUGCGGCAGGACAUGGUGGUCAGCUCGCCACCGCGGCCUGUGAGACACGGCGACACCGUGCAGCUGGUACAUGGAAUGACGGCGCGCUUCCUUAACACGCAUGACGUCGCUGCUCCUUUCUCGCCCUAUGCCCAAGAAAUCUCCUGUUACAUUGACUAUAACAUCUCCAUGCCAGCACAGACGCUAUGGAAGGUGGAGAUCCUAAAUCGGGAGUCUGACAGAGACACAUGGAAGACGAUCGUGUCUGAGGUGAAGCUGGUCCAUGUGAACACCUCGGCUGCACUGAAGCUCAGCGGCUCCAAAUUACCGGACUGGGGUUACCGGCAGCUGGAGGUUGUGGGUGACAAGGUGGCGAAAGGUUCUCAUCCGAGCCUGGUGUGGAACGUGGAGGAGCAUCGGUACGGCAAAAGUCAGGAGCAGGCGGAGAGAGAGGAGGAGCUGCACACCCCGCCACAGAUGGACGUCGGGAGGAACCUCAGCUUCAUAGCCCGAUUCUGGGAGCUGCAGUGGAAGAUGCUGACUAUGAGGAGCGAGAGCCCAGAACACAAGUACUGCUCGUCCCCGCUGGACUGGGUGACCCUGGACACCAGCAUUGCUUACUGGCUCCAUCCUAGGACUGCGGCUCAGAUCCAGCUGCUGGGGAACCCUGUCAUCUGGUACUCUGCCAACGCUGGUGCCCUAUUGUACGCCAUCCUCUUCCUGUACUACCUGCUGCGGCAGCGCCGGAGAAUCUACGACCUUCCCCAAGGCACGUGGCAGGCCUUACAGCUCACUGGGACGUUAUGCCUCGGGGGCUGGGCCGUGAAUUACCUGCCCUUCUUCCUGAUGGAGAAGACCCUCUUUCUGUAUCACUACCUGCCGGCCCUGUCCCUCCAGAUCUUGCUGCUGCCUCCAGUACUGGAACAUGUCCAGCAGCAUCUGCUCAGGUCUGAGACUCUACAGAACACCUUCUCUGCCGUCCUGCUGGUGUGGAUGUCCGGCGUCGUGCUGACCUUCAGUAAACUCUUCCCCCUCACUUACGGAGAGCCGGCCCUGACGCCGCAAGAGCUACGAAGUUUAAGGUGGAAAGACACUUGGGACAUUCUUAUUAGAAAGUGA